UAGUGAGUCCGCAAAGCCCUCGCUCGUUCCCCAGAAAAUCUGGAAUCAGAAGAACCGGAGACCCAAGAGACAGAGUAUGGCGCGCAGCAUCUCCUACGUCACCGGCGCCCAGCUUCUAUCACUGCGGCGCCGCCCCAACAUCGCCAUCGUCGACGUCCGGGACGAGGAGAGGAGCUACGACGGCCACAUACCGGGGUCCCUGCACUACGCGAGCGGCAGCUUCUCCGACAAGAUCGCCGAUCUCGUUCGGGACGUCGAGGGGAAGGACACCCUCGUUUUCCAUUGCGCCCUAAGCCAGGUACGCGGCCCAACUUGUGCAAGGACGCUAGCCAAUUAUCUCAAGGAGAUAAAGGAAGAUGGAGGAAUCAAAGACAUUUUAGUGCUUGAACGUGGCUAUAAUGGAUGGGAAGCAUCGGGGAGGCCCAUAUGUCGCUGCACCGACGUCCCGUGUAAGGGUCAUAGUGGAUAGUCAUGGACGAUGAUGUAGCAUGUUGUAUUAGGAAGCUCCUCGAUGUGUGGCCAUUCUACAAGCACUCUUUGUUCUUUAAGACACCGCCUGCUGGUCAUAAGUCUUAGAUCAAUUGUUAUACUUGCUGGUCUGACAGAGAAUAUUGAUUUUCCUUACAUGCAAUGGCCAAAGCGCAAUACCAGAUAAUCCGAUGUCGUUGGAUCUAAUUGGGUUUGGCUGCGGCGAAACAUAUGAAACGCGAAAGAUACGAAGCUA